AUGGCGGCAACUGCAGCUUCAAGCUUGCAAAUAGCGAUAGCUAGGCCCUCCAUUCUCUCGACUAAAAGAAUUCCCAGUUUCUGCUCAACAAAGUUUGGUGGUGACACUAGAUAUAAAAGGGCUUUUAUAUCUGGUGUAGCUGGUGAUAAUGGAUAUGGGUGGGCUAUUGCUAAGUCCCUAGCUGCUGCAGGUGCCGAAAUUCUAGUUGGAACCUGGGUGCCAACGUUAAACAUUUUUGAAACAAGUCUCCAGCGGGGGAAGUUUGAUGAAUUACGCGUUUUGAAAGAUGGCUCUUUGAUGGAGAUUACAAAAGUAUACCCCCUCGAUGCUGUUUUUGAUAGUCUUGAGGAUGUACCUGAAGAUAUAAAAACAAAUAAGCGUCAUGCUGGUUCUUCUAAGUGGACAGUUUCUGAAGUUGCAGAAUCUGUGAAGGAGGAUCUUGGCAUCAUCGGCAUGCUUGUCCAUUCACAUGCUAAUGGGCCAAAGGUGACUAAACCUCUUUUGGAAACAAUGAGGAGAGGAUACCUUGCAGCAAUAUCAGCAUCAAGUUAUUCCUACGUAUCUUUGCUAAAGCAUUUCCUUCCAAUUAUGAACCCAGGCAUUUCUUCGAUUUCUCUGACCUAUAUUGCAUCCGAGAGGAUCAUUCCAGGAUAUGGAGGGAGAAUGAGUUCUGCGAAAGCAAAACUUGAGAGUGACACCAGAGUUCUUGCUUUUGAGGCUGGAAGAAAGCAGAAAGUUAGGGUGAACACAAUAGCUGCCGUGUUUAAUACAUUUCGCUUGAGUUGCGUAGAUUCUGGUUUCUACAUGAAAACAUCUCAACCAAAUUACUUCCUCUGUUUCAAGGGAUUUUUCAUUCAGUGCUAUGACAGGUGA